ACUAUAUAUAUAUACUUACGUUUCUCUCCCUCGUCGUCACCAGCGAGCUGCCACAAUGGUUAAGAAGUUGGCGCAGGUUUAUGUAAUAUGCAGACUACUCUUCUUCAUAUCUCUACUCCUAAUAUUCCCCAUUAUAGCUGUUCAAGGUACGCCGGACGACAAAAUCGGCGCUCCGCCCCAUCUAUCGCGGGGAGCUCCAUCGACUGACCUCGGCGAAACCCCGCCGAAUGGUAAUCGAGGUCGUCAACGUAGAGAAAAAAUAGACUACGGAGCAGUUCAGCGAGACCCUUUGUGCAAUGCAAGAAGAUAUGGAAGAUGUUUCUCUGCCGUCCCGGAGAAGAAAAAAUGCGCAAUGUUUGACAGAAGUUGUGUCAAAAAUUAACAAUGAACGAAAGCAUUAUGAAGAGUAAUCAA